AUGGAUAACGAACGUUCCCUUGUCAAUCUUCCAACCCAGAGAGACUCACCCUUUCAGAUCUGGGCCAAGCAGGAAGGUAUCGAUCUCGAACUUCCCCCCUCAAACACGAAGGAACCAACGGGUGGGGCAGAGAGGCCAGGAGGCAUCGUUCAACAACGGAUACGAUGCUGCCUAGGCAAACUUCCUCGCAACCUCUGGCCAGAAGCCUAUCACACACUUUCACCAAGAGAAUACCUCGACCGAUGGUUCCACCGCUAUCUACGAUGGUACGGCCGCGUGGGCUCAACGGCAGAUUCAACCCUCGAUCUGCGACCACGAUGGACCAACAUCUACGCCUUCGGCUGUAAGGCGUACCCUCUUCACAUUGAUCACAAAAAAGGUCACCAGAAGAGGGCCUUCAAGAUCCGACCCAGAGCGCACAUUGGAUACCUUGUGGGGUACCACGCAAGUAACAUAUAUCGCAUCUGGGUCCCACAGUUGAAGAAGAUCCCAAUCGAAGAAUACACUCCCCUGAUACAGUCUCUCGAACUUACACUCAAACACAACUCAAUUCUUGACGACUAUAUCGAGGACUUUAACUCAAACAUCCUCAAUAUACCUUCCAACGACCUGAACUCGGGUACGCAGGGCGCCACAGAUCUAGCCCCUGAACUCCCGACUUCAACUACAAUCCCGGUUAAUGCAGGCAUCUCGAAGAUUCCUACCAACGACCAGGGACUACUCACGCCAGUAGGAACACCGAACCCGACGGGGGCCUCGGAUCCAAUGACUGACUAUGAUCGACCCCAUGAGACUCUUUUGCCACAAGAUAAUCUCGGGUUACAUCCUUCAGUACACAGAGGCGGUGAUGCGUGCACUACACCGAUCUCAACCACACUCGAAGACGGCACAUCGAACCCUGGAUCAGCUUCCCACCUCGGCCUACCGGGACAGCUCGAAGGCCAGCAGGUUCCGAUGUCUUCGACGGAUGAAGCUAUUCAUACUAUAGCUCCAACCCCGUCCCCUGCACCUACGAGACAACGCCAGCCUCGUAGGUCUCAGCUCGAAUUAUACGGUAACCAACCUAUAAGGAAGAGCUCAAGAACACCACGACCAAGUAGAAGGGACGACAUCUUCGCCGCCCUCUCUACAUUGGACCGACCUAAAGGUAACCUCGUCACCUUCCACGCAGUAUUUGCAGCAGCUACAGCAUACAACGCCUUACAACGUGCACAUCGCGAUAACCUUACCCGUCUUCCGAGGAGGUAUCAGGAUCUUGACAAACACCCUCACGGAAGGGAAUUCAAGGAGGCAUGCCACAAGGAACUGCACGACCUAAUCCGUCGCGGCACUUGGAAACUAAUUGCCCGCGGCAAGGCGCAAGGCAACCCGAUUCCCCUCAAAUGGGUAUUCACCUACAAGUUCGACGAGAACGGGUUCCUGAUCCGCUGUAAGGCACGCAUCUGCGUCAGAGGCGACCUUCAAAGCGAAUGCAGUGACGAACAAACAUACGCAGCGAUACUGGCAGCAAGAACGUUGCGGACAAUCCUGUCAAUUGCUGCCAAACACGAUCUCGAUAUACGACAAUUCGACGUAGCCAACGCCUUCCUCAACACCACCCUUGACGGUAAGAGCCCUAUCUACGUAGACCUCCCUAAGGGUUACGUGGAACUAGGCUUCUUGCACAACGAUGAGGAUCCUACAAUGGUGGCACAACUCAACAAGGCACUAUACGGACUUCGCGAAUCACCACUCUUGUGGUACAACGAGAUCUCACAAACACUCAAAGCGCAAGGCCUCCUCCGAUCUGCAGAGGAACCUUGUGUAUUUACGAACGGUACUGUACUAAUCCUUGUUUACGUUAACGACAUUCUUGCCCUAUCACCAAAGGGGUACUCCGUAGAUAAUCUAGUCGCAUACUGGAAAGGAAAGUAUGAGUUGCGCGAAGAACCUGACCUCUGCUGGUACCUUGGCAUCAGGAUCAUUCGAGAUAGGCCGAGGCGAACGAUCUACCUUUGUUACGAUGCCUAUAUUGAGAAGACAGCUCGCAAGUUCAACCUCGCCGACGAUCUUGCGAAUCCACCAGCGAUCCCGAUCCCUGCCGUACCACUGACGAAGUACGAAGGUCAGGCCACCCGUCAAGAGAUUAAGGCGAUGCAGGAACGAGUCGGGUCAAUCAUGUAUACAGCAGUUACGGCUCGACCAGACGUAGCCUACGCCGCCUCACAACUCUCACGAUUCCUCACGAAUCCCUCACCAAAACACUUCGAGGCCGCCAAUCAAUGCAUCCAAUACCUGUACUCCACGAGGCAUCUCGCAAUCGAAUACAACGGCCGCAUCCACGGAGAGGCGCUCGUUAUCGCUAGCGACGCAUCCUUCGCAGACGACCCGGAGAGCAGACGAUCCUCGCAAGGAUAUAUUAUAAUGCUAUACGGCGGACCAAUUGUGUGGAAGGCUAGCCUUCAGGAUACGGUUACAACUUCAACAACAGAGGCCGAAUUGUUAGCCUUGGAACGCGCUACCAAAGAAAGCUAUGCAUUGGAGAGACUCUUACAAGGUAUCUCGGCUGAUCUAGGGCCACUCAAGCUAUUCUGCGAUAACCUCCAGACGAUCCGACUAGUCGUAGAAGAGGGUCGGAUCUCUACAAAACUGCGGCAUGUUGACAUUCAGAACAUGUGGCUCAAACAGGAAUACAGCAAGGGAAGGUUCCUAAUAGAAUACAUGCCUACCAACACGAUGCCGGCUGAUGGUCUUACGAAGGCGCUACCAAGGGGUAAAUUCCUACAUUUUCGAGCGCUAUUGGGCCUCAAGGAUGUUACAGGAAGGAUUACACGCCCAAACCAAUAA